CUUCAUAGGCACCUCCUGCUGCAGUUUAUAAUACGACCACGAGGGGCGCGGUUUAUAAUUUUUUGGCCUACGGCGUGCUCCGUAUAAGCGCGCUGAAUUCUGGGACAGUGACUGACAUCGUUUUACCGAGAAGAGGUUCUGGAUCCGUGCUCAGAUUACAAAAUGGCUGAAAACGAGGCUUUAACCCCCCUUGAAAAGAAAGUGUCUGAACAGAUCGAGUAUUACUUUGGCGACCAUAAUCUUCCAAGAGACAAGUUCCUGAAAGAGCAGCUGCAAGUUGAUGAUGGGUGGGUUCCACUUGAAACCAUGAUUAAGUUCAACAGGCUGAACCGUUUAACCACAGAUUUCAGUGUAAUACUUGAGUCCCUAAGGAAGUCAAAGACGGGUCUCAUGGAAAUCAGUGAGGACAAGACCAAGAUCAGAAGGUCCCCAGACAAGCCUCUUCCAGAGGUCAACGACGAAUACAGAGAUGCUGUGAAACACAAAUCCGUCUACAUUAAAGGCUUUCCUUUGAAAACUACCCUGGAUGAAGUCCAGGAAUGGCUUGCCGGAAAAGGAAAUAUUGAAAAUAUACAGAUGCGACGAAAUUUACAGCGUCAGUUUAAAGGCUCAGUUUUCCUGGUUCUGGACUCCGAAGAAUCAGCCAAGCAGUUUACAGCUCGUCCAGAUGUAAAGAAUUUUAAAGACAACGAAAUGAUUGUCCUCUUAAAGGAUGACUAUUAUGCAAAGAAGACAGAGGAAAGAAAACAACACAGAGUACAGGCGAAGGCUAAAGCCAAACUUGAGAAGGAAGAAAAACAGAAGCAAGCAGAGGAGGAGGAGAUGAAAUCUUUAGAUGAACAGGCAGGCUGCUUGCUGAAGUUCUCCGGUGAUCUGGAGCAGACGUCGAGGGAAGAUUUUCACGAGUUGUUUUCGGGGCACGGUCAGAUCAAAUGGAUUGACUUCACUAGAGGAGCCAAGGAAGGUACCAUUCUUUUUAAAUCAAAUGCCAGAGAGGCACUAGAAAAAGCCACUGAAGCUCAUGGGGGCAAACUGGAAGUAAAGAACAAAAGCGUAACGUGGGAAGUGCUGGAGGGAGAUGUGGAGAAGGAGACACUAAAGAAGAUCAUGGAGGACCAGCAGGAGUCCCUCAACAAGCGAAGGGGCAAAGGUGGCCGUAGAUCUGGAGGUAGAGGAGGAAGAGGAGGCAGAAGGGAUAGGGGAGGAAGGGAUCAAGUGAAAUACCAGGGCAAGAAGACUAAAUUUGACAGUGGUGAUGAAGAUGAUGCUGCACCUCAAAGCCCAAAGAAGAGGCCUCUUGACGAGGGAGAUGCAGAGGCACCUGCCGCAAAACAAGGGAAGACGGAAAACGGCUCGGAGAACUGAAACCAGAGUCCCUCUCAGCCUUUAUUCGAAAUGCCGAUGAACGGAGUGCGUCUUGAGUCCAUUCCUGUGAUGGCUUUACGUUACGCAGAAUCGUAUAAAGUCGACUUCGAUGUCAACCUGCAGUUCAAGGGGAUUAUAAAAGAGGCUUGUUUCUUUUCUGUCCAGAAUGGCCACUAAGGAGACUUCAUGCACAUAACAUUCAUAAACCUCAUGAACAAGUGCAGAGUUAAGCCUGAGUGUGUCUGCACCCUUAAUUGACUCUUACCGGUGCAGAUUUUUUUUUUCUUAAAGCAAUCUACCCAUUACAUUAGUGGUAUAUUUCUGUAGUUGCUGCUUUUCAAAUUGUGCCAUUGAUUCCUUUUUUUGUAUAAAUGCUUUUAAAAAAAAAAACUGAUUCUGUAGAACUCCUUUUUACGUGUGACCAACCCUAAAUCCAGAUUUUCCUGAUCUAUAGGACGUAGAAUCUUACCGAUUUCUUUUUGUGAAACUUGUACGAUGCCGGCAAGUCAUAUCUUAGUUCUGUAAAGAGAGGGCAAAAAUGGACUUUUAAAAAGAUGACACGAACCUAGUGAAAUGUUGGUAAAGCAUCGUUGCAUACCUGCGAUUACUUCCAUCUUUACUUUCCAGUCAUUUGCUUUCUUCUGCACAUGCUAAACGAUAAAAAUUCAUUUCUUUACUCAACUGUAUUGCUUGAGGAAGGUGACAUUAAAGAUUCUACAGACCACA